AUGAGAUACUCACCUCUAUCAUUAUUUGCACUUGCUGCAACUAGCGUGCUGGCCGUCGACAUGUCCCUUUACAAACCUAACAGUGACGUUGACAAGGGGUUUGCAAACUUCGUAGAGCAAUACUACCUCACAUCCGAAGACAAAAAUUCCGUCGACGCCUUCCUCUCUUUCUGGCCUCCAACGGGACGCUUGAUCGUCGCCGAUACCCUUUUCGAAGGCUACGGGGAAAUCCUUGCCGUCAAGCUGAGCCUUCUGCCCCCAACCGGCAACAAGGCUUGGUGGCAUCUCAUCCGGGGCGCUUCGGUUGGAGCGGAAACCGACGAAGACAAAACCUUGAUCGCGGACAUUGUGAUUCAGACGACCUACCACCCUGGCAACUGCUCGCAGGCAUACGGGAGUGCGGCAUUCACGAUCUUGAAGGAUGCGAACGGAGAGCUGAGGUUGGACCCGUACUCGCAGAGCUUGAGCCUGUACAACCUGACCGUGUCGACGACUGAGUCGCCGACUGACAUACCUUGCUCUGUGGAUUAA